AUGAAUGGAUUAUUCAACGGCACAUCGGUGAAAAAGUUGCUGGGAUGGCGGAUUGGUGAAGAGGAGGAGAAAUUCGCCGAGAAAGCGGUGGAAACGUUGGUGAAGAAGUUGAAAAAGAAGAACGGAGGUGUCGGUACAUUGGAGGAUCUGGAGUACGCCUUGGCUCAUCCAGGAUCCCAUUCCAAAUGCGUGGCUCUGCCAAAAAGUCAGGACGGACGGUUGCAGGUCUCUCACCGCAAGGGUCUACCGCAUGUGAUCUACUGUCGUGUUUGGCGAUGGCCAGAUUUGCAGUCUCAUCAGGAGCUGAGACCAAUUCCCGAAUGCCUCUAUCCUCAUGAUCACAACAACAAAACGCCGUACGUCUGCAUCAAUCCCUAUCACUACCAGCGACUUGACCCAAAUAGGGUAGGGUGCCCGCUUCAGCUACUCUCCACCGAUUUCUUCUCCUGCUGUGUCUACUGCUGGAUCUUCGCCAUCAUGCUCAGGACGGAUGGAUAUGACAUCACCAUCGAACAUCCCAUCAUCAUCCAGUUCACCUGA